CUGUGGUUACAGCACUCAAAGAGUUCCAUUAAAUCAUCAGAUUUUACAGGUUCCUAAAAAAAAAAAAAAAAAAAAACAAAAAAAAGGGAGAGAGAGAAAAGUUUGGUCAUAGUAGGGAAUGAGUGAUCAAAGCUGAGCCAAAGCUUCCUGUUACACCGGGACUAUAUAUAUACCGUGUCUUUAAUGUUGGGGGAUGUCAGCAGGCUGCUAGGAGGCUGGAGCACUGGCUAGCUCUGCCUGAUUUCCCAGCGCGCUGAGGUUUCUUCCACCAACCACAAUGAACAAGUUCCUGUGCUGCACGCUUGUGCUCUUGGACAUCUCGGUCAAGUGGAGCAUCCAGGACAUCUCUCCCCCCAAGUAUCUCCAUUACGACCCGGGGACAUCUCGUCAACUGAUGUGCAACCAGUGCCCUCCCGGGAGCUACGUAAAGCAGCACUGUACGGCUGCCAGCCCCACGGUGUGUGCCCCAUGCCCAGAUCAGUACUACGCCGAAGACUGGAACAGCAACGACGAGUGCCAGUACUGCAGUGCUGUUUGCAAAGAGCUGCAGUACGUCAAGCAGGAGUGCACGAGCACGCAGGACCGCGUCUGCGAGUGCAUUGAAGGCCGGUACUUGGAGCUGGAGUUUUGCUUGAAGCACACGGAGUGCCCUCCUGGGUUUGGCGUUGCACAGCCAGGUACUCCUGAGAGUGACACUGUUUGUAAAAGAUGUCCAGAGGGAUUUUUCUCCAAUGAAACAUCAUCCAAAGCAGUCUGUCAAAAGCACACAAACUGUAGUGCUCUGGGUUUCAAAACAACAUUAAAAGGAAAUGCAGUUCGUGACAACAUCUGUCAGGAAAAUACAGAUACGUCACCUCAGAAAUGUGGAAUAGAUGUAACCCUGUGUGAAGAGGCUAUGUUUAGGUUUGCUGUUCCUACUCAUCUCACACCCAACUGGCUGAACACCCUUGCGGACAAUUUGCCUGGGACAAAGAUCAGCACAGAAAAUAUUGAACAGAUUAAACAAAGGCACAGUUCACAAGAGCAGACCUUCCAGGUUUUGAAAUUAUGGAAGCAGCAAAACAAGGAACAGGAUACGGUCAAAAAGAUUAUUCAAGAUAUUGAUCUUUGUGAAAAUAGUGUCUUAAAGCAUCUCGGCCAACCAAAUCUCACCUUUGAACAUCUCAACACACUGAUGGCCAGUUUGCCAGGCAAGAAAGUGGGAAAAGAAGAUAUCGAGCGCACAAUGAAACUGUGUCAACACGCAGAGCAAGUUCUGAAACUUCUCAAUCUGUGGAGAAUAAAGAAUGGAGACCAGGACACCAUUAAAGGUUUAAUGUAUGGACUGAAGCACUUGAAAACAUACCACUUUCCAAAAAGGAUCAUCCAAAGUCUGAAGAAAGUCAUUAAGUUUCUUCACCGAUUUCCAGUGUACAGAUUAUACCAGAAACUCUUUUUAGAAAUGGUAGGAAAUCAACUUAAAUCAGUGAAAGUAAGAUGUGUCUAAUUCAAGUUAUUUUUUAUUCUCCACUGACAAUUUUUGCCUAAUUACUGGCAGCAGUAAUUAAACUGGAACGUUGUUUCCCUACAUUAUCUCUUUCUAUUUAUAAAAAUGCCAGACUGGAAUAGCUCUAAGUCUUUUGCAGUGUUCUUGGAGGUUUUUUAUUGUGUUGUUUGUUCGCUCAGUUGGUUUUGUUCUUUUUUGUUUUGUUUUGUUUUUUUUCUUAAUCAAUUUUUGUAAAAGCUAUUAGCCCUGUUGGUAACACUAAGAGCCUGAUUCUGCAUUUUUGCACAUUCAGAGUUGAAAAGCCCCACUGUAGUCCCUAAAGGAGAAAAGAAUGCUGGACCAGGCUCUAAUGCAGUAUUUGCUAUUUAUAUUCUUUGAGAUAUAAACAUUUUUGUUGUACAUAUUUAUUAAGUUAAAUGGAAAUUGUAUGAGACUGAAUUUGGGGGAGAGAAAUGAAAAGCACACUGUAUAUUUUCUAGUUAAACAGAAAUGAUCCCAUAUAUUUUUCUGGCAAAAUUUUGUAGCAUGCUCUAAAAAAAUGUUUAUUUCUUUACAUUUGGUAUUUAAAAAAGUAUUAUUACUUAGUUUUAUUUGUAUAACUUGUGUUAUCUUUGGGUAGGGAUGUUUUAAUUUAUCCAAUGAUUUUAUCUCAAAUGUGGUGAAAAUAUAAGUGACCUGAAUAUUUAAAUAUUCUGUGAGGAAGUGAAUGUAUCGUAUUUAAGAAGCUGGAUUUUUACAUAGAGUUUCAUAAUCUUAUUUUAUAAAACAAUUAAAUUUUUCAGAUUGCUUUUU